AUGCUCGACUGGCAAGACUUCGACGCUGUCUUUCAGCAGAAACCCGACUAUGCGUACGACCAGAAGUCCAUCGAGGCCAUCCACAAACAUCGCAAGGAACUCGGUGACCAGCUGUUCUUUGAUCGCAUUUGGAAGAAUAUAGGUUUGACACCCUCAAGGAACAACUACCCGCCCCGAUCGAACCAAGACCUGCGCAACCUCUGGUCCAAGAUUGUCCAGGUUUCCAUCCAAGAUGAACAAAGAAUCGCCCUCCUCUAUUACAUCCUCCGAGAUUGUCGCCAACUACCGAACGCAGACACCAACUUUGCUCGAAGAACGUAUCUGCCGCCAAAGUGGCAACUGCUGGUUGCCGGCUUGUGGGAACUUGAUCAUGCUCAAUUCUCGAGAGCCUUGGAGUUCCUCACUGACCCGUCCCUAACACCCACCUUCUCCGACGAGAUCUUACUCGCCUUGCUCCGACAUCCCAAAUGCGACUCCUCCCUAGCCACCGCAUACUACGUCGCCGCUUCUCCACCUCUGCAAAAUCAAGAAACCCGGGAGGCAUACUUUCAACUGCUCCUGGCGAACAAUUUGGUCGAAGCAUAUUAUUUCUCGCAGAAGCAAGACGAUCUACGGCACAAGUCUCUCUUCGAACAACUGAUCGUCUCGGUGCAUCGAGAAAAAGAGGGUGAUGAUCGUGCCGAACAUGCAGCCCUGUUGGUGGGAUUGCCCCUGACGACCGAAGAGGAAAUCUGGUUCGAACACUGUCUCCUCCAGGGUGCCGCAGCGAAAUACCCAGGUGCGAAGGAUUCCGUCAUGGCACGAAGGAUCGCAACAGGUAAACCAACCACCGGGUCUGGUGCUCUGAAUAGACUGAAGGGGGAAGACAUUGGGGGAGUGACUUGGGACUUUGUGAACAGAGCCAUCGCGGAGGCGGCUCCUAAGUGA